GCGAUAACACUGAACACCGAGGGGUCACUUCGAAGAUUCGCUCUCAGUGUUGGAGUUCAAUUUUUAUUCACCGAUCUAUCCACAACGAGACACAACGAAGCUUUCAAUGUGUCGGAAUAUCGAAACGGAAACUCCAACAAAAAUAAUAAAGCAGUUCGAGUAAAGGUUCGGAGAUAAGGCAACUACGAGAGCUAAAGGAAAGAGCGUGGGACAAGACGAUUCGAAGAAUUUGAGGGAACGAAGGAAUUCAUAUAAAAUUAAGCAGAGACGACUCGUUCCCGUCAGUUGCAACUUUUCUCUCGUUCGUGCUUGGUGAAAAGUGUUUCCAAUCGUUCUCCUACGAUGAUUACUUCGAGGAGACUCGCAUGUGCGUCUUUCCUGUUAAUUACGUUAUUGGCUAUCAAUUUUGCUUCGAUUGAGGCGAGACGAUUCAGCAGCGGUGGACGAUCGAGGUCGUCAGGCUCCGGAAGAAAUACCGGUCGAGUCUCCUCUCCAAGGCAACCUGUUUACAUACCGAAAACGCCGGUUUACGUGCCCAAACCUCCAGCUCACGUGCCGCCGAGACAACCAACGUCGUCCGGAACGAGUUUUCCACAGCCUCAUACACCCCACAAUCCAGGUUCAACCAGUGGAAAAGACAGCAGUCACAUACUCAUUAAUGCGGAAGGCGGUGGUCGACCUCGGCCAGGCUCAGGAUCGAAUGAUAAGAAACCACAGUCUGCGCCUCAUCAACCUUCGGCACCGUACGACUCCCCGGUACAGAAAGUAAAUGCAGGACACGUACAGAGCGGAGCUCCAACUAAUGGUUCACCGAAUCCAAGCGGCAGUUACCCGCCGUGGGCGAAUCCAUCGGCGAAUCCUCAAGGUUCGAUUCCAAGUGCCCCGCACAUUCCGAGCCAGCCUCACGGAACGGGAUUCCCGAGUUCGCCGUACAAUCCAUCAUACCCGAGUCAAGGGAAGCCGGGAUCAGGACCACUGACGUCAGCCCCUUAUCCGCCAACGCAUCCCGCCGGUCCCAUAGCGCAUCCCAACGUCGUCUCAGCGCCCCAUCCGAAUACGUAUCCACAUCCAAAUGCGCCAUAUCCUAGUGCACACCCCCAAGGAAUGCCGAUGCCAUCCGCGCCCCACAUCGGUUUCGGGAACAACGCUCCUCAUCAGCCAAUCGGAGCUCCGCAGCAUUAUCCUUCCGUUGGUUCUUCCCCGAUGCAGCCUCAUGGUGGAUACUCGCCGCCACCUACCAUCGUCCACAAUCAUUACAACGCUCCACCGAUCGGCACUCCACAAAAUCCAGCAGGACAGCCCAUGUACGGGCACCAACCGGCCUACGGCGGUGGCCCUGUCCCGAUGGGACAGCCUUACGUUCCCGGACAAACUGUCGUCGUUCUUCCAAACCAACAAAGCCAGGACAGCGGUCGUGGCCUCGGUCAACUCUUCAAAGAGGCUCUCGUUUACUCCACCGUCAACGCCGGCGUCAACAGGAUCAUUAACGGCGCUCCCCAUCAUCAUCACGACGGUUAUUCCUCUUCACAACCGGCCGCCCAACCUGCCGCAGCCUCUACGACCUCCACGGUCACCAACACCGUUAUUUACAAUCAAUAUGGCACCCCGAACCCCGGUGCGAACGGAAUACCCGCUCAAGGCCAGCCCGCGGCCUCCGCUACACCCGGAAACUCCGCUGGAACUUCCCUUCCCAGUUUCCCAAGUGGAAACCCCAAUUCUGGCUCACCGACCGGCUCCCCCAGCUCCAAUCCCUCAACAGUCACCGAUGGACACCCCAAUCCUAGUUUUCCUCAUCCUGGCGCUAACCCCACUUCGGGUACGCAGAAUCCCGGCCAAACUGGCACUCCGAGCAACCCACUAAAUUCCAACAAUCCUGCUCCCCAGUCCGGAACCCCUUCGGUCGCUCGUACGAAUAACACGAACAAUGAGACCGCUCCCCCAGCUCCGGAAUUCGUUUAUUUCAUUUCUAACGAGGAAUUGUGGAAUCUUACCGAAAGUCUCUUCGCCAAAGAUGAGAUCAAAGCCAACCAAUAUGUUCGGAUGAAUCUACAAAAACGAUCGGUCAAUCCGAAUGUCACUGACGAAGCUCCUCAACGGCUCCUCAACGUACGUGACGAAGCUUACGCUCUGCCAACGAUCCAAGCGGUUCGUGAAAUGUACGACAACUACGAAUACGAUUCAGAAACAAAGGAAAUUUCAAAUUCGGACAAGCGCCGUCAGGAAAACGUGUUUCUCGAUACUCUAUUAAACACAAACAUAAUGACAACAGCGAUGAAAUGGUUGUCGAACAAGGGCUACGUCGAGUCCGAUGAUUUCGAGUGGAAAGAUACCCUCCGCCAUAUUUGGCUGAGCAAAGUGAACGGCGCGACUUGCGGUUUCGAGAGAAUUUUCUUAGCCGAAAAAUAUCCUGGGCCGAGUGUGAUUGGUGCUCAAAAUUGGAUCUACUUUGAUUCUCGAGAAUGGCUGCGAAAAAUCAAUUACAUGAGCUACGUCGACAAAGUCGAUUUGGGCGACAAAGCAACGCUUGUGAAGAUAAACUUCAAAAUCGACGACGUUCCGAAAGCAAACACAACGAUGUUGGUCGGCACUCCACCCGAAUUGGAAAUGGCCCUGUACACUGUUUGCUACUACGCAAGGCCGAACGAUUUCUGCUCGGUGUCGCUCAACGGAACGAAGUUCAACAUUUACACGCACUCUUUUCGUUACUUUGGCAAAGACGUGAUGGAUCUCGGCCUCAUGUUCUUUUAGUCUCAUAAAACCAAAACUUCAGCACUGAAAAAUAAGGCGAAAGUAGGAAAUGAUUAACAAGUUUUUUCAUUGUUAUGAAAUUUCAAUAAUUAUCUCACGAAAAUUCUACACAUUGUAGAUAUACGCGUCAACUUAGCUGUCAUGAAAACAAAUGAAACAAAAGAGUAGAGAUUUGCGCGAUAACGAAUGAAACCGGAAGUCCGCACGAAUCGAGGCAUCACUCGUGGAUUCAUUGUCGCUCGAUCGUUGCGCAAUUCGCGUUCAAAUCACGCCCCUCAUUUCGACUUCAUUUUCUUCACCGCUCUUUGCAAUUCGUAGUUGUCCCUUCUACCUCUGCUCAUCGGUGCAACGUACCCUCGAGGUUUAACCAAAGAUCCAAAGUUGAGUUUGACCUUGGAAAAAAAUGAGGAAAGAACGUUAUUCAUUUUUUGACCGUUUUAUGCUUCUGGGCGGAAAUAAAUCGUGUUUCUCUUUCCCAGAAACGUGCCGGAAAAUCAUAAAAUACGAUUGUUCACGUAAACGUGGAACGAUGGAAUGAUUUUGUACGAAAUUUAUCGAUAUUAUUUUGUAAGAAACGUUGAUACGCUGAUGAUUUAAAUAAAGAGAAAAAAGUAAA